UCCCUAGCGGACGGAGGUGCGGACUGCAGCUCCCGGCGUGCAGCGCGGCCGCUCCUGGGCAGUGUGGCGGCCUCGGACUGAGGGAAUCUGAAGGGUCUGAGAGACUGAACGGGGGCUGGAACGGGCUCCUGAGGGGUUGGGAGGUUCUGAGGGCAGCAGGAGGCUCCUGAGGGGUCCGGGGGCACUGGGAGGCGGAGGGGUGCUGAGGGCAACAGGAGGCUCCUGAGGAGUUGGGGGUGCUGAGGGACCAGGGGGACCCUGGGUGGGUUGGGAGAUUACCGAGCGGCUGAGGGGUGCCUGGGAAGAGCUCCUGAGGGAUGGAGGUGCUGAGGGUUUCAGGAUAGGGGAUCCCUGAGCGGGUUCCUAAGGGCUAGGGUCGUUCUGGGGGUGUCAGUCGCUGGGACACCCCCAUUCCACCACCUGAUCCCCUCCUCUCCCGCAGGCCAUGAGCGGCGCCGGGGGCUCGGAGCGGCCGGAGGAGCGGCAGCGCGUUGUACCCCCGAUUCCGGGUCUGGGGCAGGAAGGUGUCCUGCAGGAGCUGCUGCUCAGAGCGGGGCAGUCCCCAGCCCCUGGGAUCAGCGAGGAGCAGCGGCUGGCCCGGGACGAAUGGGAGGCUCUGGAAGAGAUCCAGUCAGGGCUGAGGAGCACCUCAGGAGCGUCCCCCCCUCCGAUUUCCUUCACUGAGGCGCUGCAGCACUUCCAGAGCGCGGAGCUCUCCGGGAGCCGGGGAAAGGUCCGGGCGCCGCGGCGCCGGGGAAUCCUGGCUGCCCUGCUCCACUGUCUCUGCGGGCCACCCCAGCUCCAGCCGCAGCUCCGGGAAGAGCAGGAGCUGGCGCUGGCCAUGGCACACUGUGCCCUGGAUGACUCAGAGUGGGUGCACAUGCGGAUCCUGCAGACCAUCUACCAGCAGCUGACGUGCUCCAAGCUGGGCUGCCCGCGCUACGGAGCACACUGGGAGGAGCUGGGCUUCCAGGGUGCAGAUCCUGGGACUGACCUGCGUGGGACAGGAAUGCUGGGGCUGAUGCAGAUCCUGUUCUUUGUCCUGGAUUCUCGGAUGCUGCCGCUGGCACGGGAGAUUUUCCAGCUCUCCCAGCAUGAAACCCAGAAUUUUCCCUUCUGCAUCAUGUCUGUGAACAUCACCCGGAUCGUCAUCCAGGCGCUGCAGGAGGAGCGGCUCUCCCGGGAGUGCAACCGGCGGCAGCAGGUGAUCGGGGUGCUGAACGACCUGUACGCCGCUGCCUUCCUGCGCCUCUCCUGCCUCUGGAAGCAGCAGCACGGCACCGUCACCAACGCUAGCUUCUUCCUCAAGGAGUUGGAAUUAUCCACCAAAAAGAAGCCAAGGCAGCUGCUGAAAUCCCUGGAAGCCUACCUGAGCUGCAGCCUUCGGCCUCCCUCCUCUCCCUCCUCCCAGAUCCACUUCUCCAGCAUUUGUGACCCUGGAGUGGAGCUGGAGGGAGAUUCCCAGCUGAUCUGACACAGAGUGGGAUGGCUGCAUAGAGAAUUCUGCUGGUGGAUCAGCCCUUGGAGGGAGACACACGGGUGUUCCCCCUGAUUUGGGGCUUGGGAAGGGCUGGGAGAGGUCAGGGAGCUGGAAUUUUGCCUGUUUCAGGUAGAACUCUCUGGAAGCAAAGGAGGAAGAGGUGGUGGAGCAGGGGAUUCCAUGAGCCACCCAGCAUGGUGCUGGGAUAGUCCCUCUCUCCAUCCCAAAUCCAGGGUCCCACCUGGGUCCUUACCCUCCCCAGGUGGAGCUGGAAGGUGAUGCUGGGUUCCUGGAUCCCAUCCUGGCCCCUGCAGUGCUUGGAAUGGGUAACCCCCCACUUUGGGCUGGGCAGGGUCCCUGUGGGGUGUCAGCACUCCAAAAAGUUAUUAAAGGAGGGGAGAUCAGGGGUCUGGUGGAAAAGAGUGUUUUGGAUUUGCCACUGGACUCUGUAGCUGGGGGAAGGAAAGGCAAGCUAGGGGUGCCCAGAGUCCAGUUUGGGGUGAAAAAGGUGCUGUGGAGGAGAGAAACGAGGGUUGAGAGCUCUGAGGAGAAGGGUUAUUCCCUUUGGGAGCAGCUCAGAGCCAAUGCUUGGGAGUGUUCCCAGACCCCUAAAAAUGAGGAAGAACAGUCCCAAAGCCCAAAUCUGGAGAGAAAUUAGGGGUUUGGAGGAGAGAGGUGGGAGCUGGAGGGAGAAUGGAGUGUUGUGGCCCUAGCCCCCCUGAGAGGGUGAUGAUUCCUGAGGGCUGGGAAUGCUCCUGGUGGAAAAUAUAAAAUAAAUGGAGAAAAAGGA